AUGGCCGAACUUAUCAUCAACAAAAAGGAACGAAGAAAAAGCCUCAGCGUCUUCAGUCCAUCAUCCUCCGCAGUUACGCCGCUUCGACCCCCUCUUCAUGACCGUACCCCCUCCGAUGAUUUCCCCGCACGAGAGAAGAAAGCGCGUCGCAAUUCGGGCUUCUUUGGCCGGUCCCAAAGUCCCAACCGAUGGGCCAGUGGAGGGAAUGUCCUCCGUCGGCCGGGCACGGCGGGCUCGGACACCGCCGCCUUGUCGGCUGCCAUGUCUGCACCCGCACCACCUCUGGAAACGGCACGACCACGGCCAAAAUCAUUGCAGAAGAAACGAAACUCCGUAUUUGGCUCAUUAAAGUCGAUGCACGCGGGCGAAGAUGACGUUCUCCUCAGCGCCUCCAUUGCAGCCAUGGGUGAUGAACCGCAGAGCGCAACCAGUCCCCGAAAUGGGAUCUGGUCAUCUGCGAUUCUACAUUACGGCGAAAUCCAGACAAUGGGUGGUAUGUGGAAGCGGAAAAGCCAGUACCUCGUUCUUACGGACACGCAUCUGGUUCGGUUCAAGAACCAGGCCAAGGCUGCCGAUGCCUUUCCAUCGAUUCCGCAUUCUUACAAUGGCCGGACUCCGGCGUCGCACCGCCAAUCUGUGGCCUCUAUCAGUUCAAUGCAGGACAUGCAGCUGAUGGUUUCGACUGAGGCAUCUGCUGGUAUUCCACUAAACAGUAUUAUCGCAGUGUACAUGCUAGAAGAUGGACGACUAUCCCCGACCGUUGAAGUGGCAUAUCUCGACGAACGCACCCACAAAGCCGCACUAAUCCAAAUGCAGACCGCCGAUCUUCAAGAAUUGAAUCUCUGGAUGGUUGGAAUUCGUCAGGCGGCGCAAAUGGCCCGGUCAAAUGAUCCCCUCCCGUUCGAUCGGGGCUCCGUCGAGUACGUGACCAGGAUGUUGGAACACGAACGAGAUUACGAUCCGGUCGCCUUCCGGAUGUUCCGCGUCAUACAGAUUGCAUCGAGCAAGUCUCCCACUCGUUCGUCCUCGGACGACCUGACGAAAUUGUCGCCCACGGGCUGCUACCUGGCCAUUGGUUUACACAAGGUUCAUCUGGUCCCGAUGCAAAAGGCAGCCCAUCGGUCCUCGGUGGUGUCCCUGUCCGACCUGGAGACGGGUGCAUCCUUCGGUCUCAUGAAUUUGACAGGUCUUUCUAUGGAGUACGGCGAUGAUAGUCUCCAUCUAACUUUCCGGGUCCCACUUCGAAAAUCAUUCAACGUGUUCCUGGCCUCCGUUCAUUCGGUGGAAGUGGCCUGUUGGAUCCGACAGCAUACCGAGUUCCUGCGCCCGCUGUGGACAAGACAGCCGUACGACUUUGUGGUUCCACGGGAAUUGCAGAAUGAUGAGAAUUUCCCACCCGUCACUCUGGACGAAGAUUAUGGCUGCUUUGAUCGAACUUUGGUUGCUUAUUCUGCGAGUUACGAUGUGGAUACAUCUAACAUUCGAUAUACAAUUGACCUGGAAUGCGAGGAUGCCCCGUGUUUCCGUCUUCUGCGGCCGGCGUCUACGACAAAUUCACGGUACAGCGCCUUGGAAUUGAUUGCGGUUAUGCGUGCGCUUCGAUACAACGAGUCAUUUCGGUCGAUUUCAUUCCGCGGUAUCAAUCUAGACGCUCUACAGGGCUUGCGAGAUGUCCACGGUGUGGAUGUCGACGUACACCUCGACCGAUCAGGAUGUCUUGUACAUAUCCCAGGUCAAGCAAACUUGACCGUCCUGUCGCAAGAGGUGCGCGCAUUGGCAUUGAAGAGUAAAUGGCUGCGCAGACUCGACUUUGCAUACUGCCUAACCCGGACACCCACUUUGGAUAAGGGCAGCCGGGAUCCUGGCUGUGGAAUCCCUGAGGCCAUUUUCCCUGUUUGUCGUCGGGAAUUGACUAGUGUGGAUUGGGUUGUGCUGAAUGGGAUCAAACUUGGAGAGUCGGAUCUGGAUUAUCUGGUGGACGCAGCGUCGCAGAAACGGAGUCACCUGCGGGCAUUGGAAGUUGGUGACUGUGGUUUGUCCGUGCACGAUCUGGAUCUUGUGUUGUCUACACUGGUGGCACAGGAAAAUACCCUCGAGGUCAUCAACAUCUCGGGAGUACAGGGUCGGUUAAGCCCGGACGUUCUCCAACAGUAUAUCGGAUACUUUGGCCAGAUUCGAAAGAUCAAUCUCUCCCGCAUCUCGCGCACCUCAGGCACCGAGCCGCUGAUCACCGCAGAAAUGCUGUUCAAUUGGGAACUCGAGGAGUUAGUUUUGAGUCGCACGGCUGUUAAUCGCGAGACCGUGGACUCCAUCGCGACGUAUUUGGCUAGUGACCGCUCACGUAACCUGCGCAUGCUUCGUCUGGAUCAGUGUGGUUUAAGUGGAGAAGACGUUGCCAUGUUUAUGCACUCGAUGUCCCUUGCACCAGACUCGCCGCGGAGCUUGCACUUGCAUGUCAACGAGAACCGCCUAGACAACGGCUGCUCUUUCCUUUUCGACGCUAUCGGCAAAAAUAUGACCCCCUCGCAUCUGUCCAUGCAGAUGAUCGAUUUCAAGAAAGAGGAGCAUUUCCGACUGCUUGUUGAUUCACUUCGCAAAAACCGUACCCUGCGAUAUCUGGAUAUCUCCAAGGCUUCCCUGCCGUAUGACGCAGGCCCAGAGACCUGUCGUAUGCUGCAGCUGAUGUUUGAAGAGAACGAGACCCUGGAGGCUCUUGAUAUCAGUGGAGAAAGUGCACAUCUUGAUGUUGCUCGGUUUGGAAUCGGUCUUAAUCUCGCCCUGACUGGUUUAAAGAAGAACAAGUCUCUGAAGGUGUUGCGAAUCGAGCAUCAGAAGCUUGGUCUUCAAGGUGCGAAUACGCUGGCCUCCGUUCUAGAGGAGAAUAAUUCGCUUCGUGAAGUGCACUGCGAGAAUAACGAUAUCAACCUGCAAUCUUUUACCGUGUUGGUCAAUGGGUUGCAAUGCAACCGCACUCUGCUUAGUCUUUCUUGCAUGGACCGUGACAGGGUUCUCUCGCUGGAUAAGGUUCGCCGGGAGGUUGACAAUGUUCGCUUGGAUACGAGUAAUGUCCAACCUUCUACAGCAACUUCCAUUCGUCGCUCUCUGCACGCCGCGAUGGGUGUUCGUUCUGGCACUGCCAGCAAUCGACUCAGCAAGCACAUGCCAGCGAACGUUCCAGUUUCCCCUUCUCCAGAAUCUGUCCCAUUCGUCAGCCAAAACGUGGAUCUAGUGCUACAAUCCCUGCAGCACAAGUGGGAUGUAGAAGUCUCUCGUCUGCAACGCUAUCUCCUUCGCAACUACAACAUCGCCAACGGCAUCGAAGACGAAACAAUCGACGAUUCCGCCAGCGACGGCCGCCCCGCCACAGCAGCAAGCCUAGGCACAAUGCUCGAAAACCUCAAAUUCGAAGUCGCCGUCUCAGCAGAUGAAAUCCACGCCUCCCCACCCGACACAACAUCUUCCCCCCAACUCUCCAGAACAACAACCCUCGACACCCAACCCGUCCAAAUAAACAUUGAACCAAAAACAAACCGGAAAACAAGCUCCUCAAACCUCCGCCUCCAAACAUCUCGCGCCUCGCAAAUCCUCCCGCCAGAAUACGGCUCAUCCAGUCCAUCAGCAGCGCGGCUAGCUGUCCCCGUCCCGGCCGUGCCGGCCGCAGUCACGAAGGCGAACAGUGUUCGCAGCGCGCGCAGUUCGAGUACGGUGUCUACGGGGACUGGUAGUGGGCGGAGUACUUAUGGUAUGGCUUCGUCGACGCUGAGGGGGUUUUUGACGGGGAGUGCGUUGAAGGAUAAGAGGCGUGUUGAUGCUAUGCGUCCGGUUUGUGUGUCGACUUCGAAUGAUAAACCACCGCAAUUGGAUUGGGCGCCGCCGAAGUUGGAUUUGCAGGAGCUUCGAUAG